UAGCGACUCACCGCAAGACAUCCCUCGUUUCGAAAGACUCUGUACUAGUUAUAAUCAUAAUGCGCAUCCCCGUGUUUCAAAAUCGACCAUCCUCGGGCCAUUCCAAACCGACAUAUCGCCGCGAUUUCUUAUGGGCAAUCGGGCUGAAUGUGCUGAAUGAUCUGUGGCUUCGCCUCAGGGGAUAUAAACUGGAUAAAGAGCCAAAAAAGUCAAUUUACAGGUCCUCUCGCUGGAAAGCAUUGCAACGUUGCGCAGUGCAUAUACUUCCAUGCCUUGUUUCACUCAUCAUGGCUACACUUCAGCUAAGGCACUACUACAUGGGCAAGGAAAUCACCGGCGCGCGUAAUAGCACCUCUUUGUACAUGGCAAUGCUCCAAGUUGCAGCAAAGACCCAAGAGCUGCUCAUGAUCGCCAGCCUCGCAACAAUUGUCGUGCAUAGGUUACGUAUCGACCUGCUAGAUGGACCCGGCAUACCGUUUGGACUUCUAGGAGCAACCUCGUUAUUUAACCAGAUAAGCUUUUUCUGGUCGUCGGCUUUCAUCGGCUCCUCCCGGGCAGGUGGAGCCAACGCAGGAACACCAGAUUACUAGGGCUCGUACUAGUCUCAGGACUGAUCGCCGCCACCGCAGGACCAGCAGUUGCCAUAUUACUUAUUCCGCGGGAGCAUAUCUGGGAUGCGGGCGGAAGCAUAUUCUGGCUCAACGGAACCCACGAUGAUUAUGGGCCUCAUAGAGUGGGAUUAGAACAUUACAUGCCAGAAAUCGAUCUUGGACCUAAUCAAGCAAACUGCACAAGUCGGUACGCAU